AUGUGGAAGACUCGAUUUGAAAUGAGCACGAAGAACAACUCGAACUUCGACCGUCAUCGAACUCUUCUCUCUUCAUCUUCACAACUAUCACCAACAGUACCGCGUGUUCGGGAAGACUCUCCAAGCGCUAUUCAACGGCCGUCAUCAUCAUCAAUACCGAAUCUCGAAAGUCUCAUGGAAGAAGAAGAAAUCGAUCAUCCAUGUUCAAAGUUCGUCACGAAAACUUUCCUACCCAAACAAACUGCUUAUCAAUCAAUGAACAAACAUCGAUUCAAUCUCCCAACAAUUAUUGAAUCUCAGGAAAUGCUUAAUGAGAGUGCCAUAUCCAACACCAAUGCUUUCACCGAUGAGAAACGUGACACGUAUACAGUACAAGCAACGAGUACGAAUCUAUCGAAUGGAUUUACAAUUAACCACUUAUUCGAAUCGAAUCGACAAAGGAAAGUAUGUGAAAUCAUGUUUGCUUUUGCUUGCCAAUUAGCAAAAUAA